AUGGAAAGCACGCUUUACAGGGCGUUUAUAUCUAGUUUAAAUUGGGGAGAUGAAGAUAGAGAGUGCCGCAAAUCGUCAGCGGCAAAAGUGGUAGCAAAAUCUUAUAUGAGUGGGACCUUAAUCGCCAGAGAUUUCCUCGAAGGCAGGUCAUCGCAUUCAGGUCAUCAGUUACGAAUUAAAUACCUGGUGGUUCUGCCGGGCCACUAUCCCCCUGCACAAAGAAUAGUAACGAUGGAAGGCAGCUAUUUCGCGAUCUAUCUCAUCUUUUUCGGGUUGCUGCCUCCAAUCAGAGAGUCAACGUGCUGCCGAUACCAAACCUUUUAG